UUUUUUUUUUCCAUUUUGUUUAGUACUUAUCACUCUAUUGUCUUAUUAUAAUAUUUUAUUUACUUUGUGUCCCUUUAUAAAUUUAAUCUCAUUAUUUAUUUAUUUUUUUUUGCCCUGCACACCACGCGAGAACUCUUUCUCUUUCUUUCUCUUACUUCGUCUUUUCCUACAUCCUUUACUCGUUUUUUCUUGUCCUGCUGGCCAGGACAAUAUCAUUUACUUUUAUACUUAAUCACUGUUUUACACAACACCCACUCUUCUUUAUCACAAGUCAAUGACCAUGCCACAUCGCUCAGAAGACGAGAAUACUAUCUUGGUCACUGGCGGCGCCGGUUUCAUUGGUUCGCACACUGUCGUUGAACUCUUGUCCCAGAACAAGCGACUGGUCAUUAUCGAUAACCUCUGCAACUCUUCAGAAGAAGCCCUGCACCGUGCCAAGAUCUUGGCUAAUAACCGAGGCUCUCUGGUCUUUCACAACGUCGACAUUCUUGAUGCUCAUGCAUUGGAACGGGUGUUUGAACAAUAUAAAUUCUCAGCCUGUAUUCACUUUGCGGGAUUGAAGGCCGUCGGUGAAUCUGCCCAAAUUCCAUUGGGAUACUAUCAAACCAAUGUUACUGGCACUCUUAAUGUUAUUCAGCUUCUUCAAAAAUACAACUGCCGGAACUUCAUCUUUUCUUCAUCUGCCACUGUCUAUGGUUUGCCUAUCUCUGAUGAGCCCAUCAAGGAGGAUGCACCCACUGGAGCGUUGAACCCUUACGGACGCACUAAACAGUACAUUGAAGAAAUUCUUGUUGACAUUGCUGCUAGUGAACCUAAUAUGUGGAACAUUGUCCUUCUUCGCUAUUUCAACCCUGUUGGUGCUCAUGCCUCAGGCUUGAUUGGCGAAGAUCCCAAUGGCAUUCCCAACAACCUAAUGCCUUUUGUUGCUCAAGUCGCCAUCGGUCGCCGACCAACUAUCAAUGUCUUUGGAGCUGAUUAUGAUACAAAAGACGGCACAGGAGUCCGGGACUACAUCCAUAUUGUGGACUUGGCUAAAGGACAUGUCGCUGCCCUGAAUAAGAUUGAUUCCAUGGUAUCCGCAAAGACUCCUGUGGGUUGUGUAGCUUACAACCUUGGAUCGGGUGUAGGCUACUCUGUCAUGGACAUGAUCCAUACCAUGUCCAAAGCCGUCGGUCGAGCUCUCCCUUACAAGAUUGUUGAUAGGAGGAAAGGAGAUGUCGGUAGUGUGAUUGCAGACCCCUCACUGGCAGCCAGGGAUCUUGGCUGGAAGGCAGAAAAGACGUUGCAGGACAUGUGUGACGAUUUGUGGCGCUGGCAAACACAAAAUCCUGAUGGUUAUGCUUCUAUGAAUGGAGGAUCAUCGCCUGGUACACCCACGCCCGCAUCACGAUCAUCUGUUGAAACGCUUCCAACAACACUCCUACCCAUUAUCGCCUCUGUUCCCAAGGCUCCUUUCAAACCCAUUGUACUCGACAUUAGUGCUAACACAGCACCAACCCUUGUCAUGCCCUUCUCACCCUCCAGCUCAUCAUCUAGUUCACCAUCCAUCUCACCGUCCGUUUCACCAGCUCCAGGACCCACCACCAACACAGCUACAACCUUCUAGAAUCUUUGGAAUCUUUGGAAUUCUUUGAAAAAAUGAGUCUUGGCGAGAAAUAAUCAAGAAAUAGGGUGAUAUGAUGACUGCCUUGGCUGAGACAACAAAUAGAAAUCCAUUAUCGACUCUCUCUUUCUCUCUCUUCUUGACCCUGCUUAUCAAUCAUGAAAUAACAAGACAAUUUAGAAAAAAUAGAAAGAAAAAAGAAAAAAGAGAAAAGAGAAAAAAAAAGGAAUAUGGGAACUAUUCAAUAGACGCAAUUAGAUCUUUAUUUAAUGUCUAUAGACUUCAUGUUGCGCACGUAUUCAUUCACACAAUCUACUCAGUUCGCCAGGCUUUUAAAAAGAUAGAACCCUUCUUACCCAGCAUUUGUCAUUAAUCGCUUUCAUACCAAUAAUAUUAUUCUACUAAUAAUAAUAGCACUAGUAAAAACAUAAC